GUGAAGCAGAGGCAGAGCCAGAGGAAGAUGAAAUUGCAAGUGCUCCACCUCAGCAGUCAACCUGCUUGUUGCAGAUGUACCGGCCGCGAAGAACUACAGGUGAUGAUAGACUCGAAAUGGUCCAACGGCAGACGGCAGACAGCGAAGAGAUUGCUCGUAGUUCCAUCGAUUACGGAAAAAUUGGGGUCAAGGACGUCCUUGCGGAGCUGUGGCAGACGGAAUGUAAGACGCGAGGAACAUUACCAUCGAGAACGGCAAGUGGCAGCACACGUGCGGAGGAAGAUUCGCAUGAUUUUCUGCUCGGCGAACUACAAGGUGCUGGAGCAGUACGCGGUCGGGAAAAAAGUCGUGAAAAGACGUAUAACCUGCUCAGCUGUUACAAUCUCAAACGUUGCAAUAGAAUCUGGAAUUUGUGUUGCAUGAUGAGCAUGACAGACUCGCACAGCGUUCCACCUUUUGCAAUACAUAACUCGUCAGAUAAUUCUAGUGCGGAUUGGGCCUCCAGAACUUGUCAUGCGCAAUCCUGUGGGAGUAGGCUAGGUCAUGCACUCUUGUAUCACAGAUUGCCAUAUUCUAUUGUAACGUUUGAGAUUGUAACAGCUGAGCGCGUUAUAAGACGAAGAACUUGUUCGACUGGCUUUGCAGCGCCGCGACGUCCGACAUGCUGCGCAGGCACGUGGAAGAAAGUGGAAACAAGCCGGCUUUUUCUGCGAAACAACAGCUGUUUCCACGGUUUCUCCACCUGUCCGUGCUGAUCAACUAUCAUUACGCUGAGGUGAAGAACAACUACUCCUACUUUUUCAACGCGCUUUUCGACUACUAUCCUGUGCAAACGUAAUUGUAUCGUUGGCUUGCUACGUAUUCAUAUUGUAGUCGUGCAUAGAUAAAGACAGGCGUGGUCAUGGUCUGAUGCUGAUUUAUGUGCCUGAAUCUGCAUGUAGAAAUUAGAAAAGUUUCGUUUGUUUGUCUUACUCAUACUGAAAAAAAUUUCAUAUGCACAUAGAGUGUUGCUGAUGCAAUUACUUUUUGCUGCAAAAGUGCAUAGUUGCCAUCCAAGAACAACCCCCCAAUCGCCGCUCUACUCUUACGGCCGCUUCCUGGCGUUCGUCCGCUAUUUAGGUGGGGGGAACCGGUGCAAUAACUUGCUGUAUCUGGACACAGACGCGGUAGUUUUGAAGCCGUGGCUUAUGCAUUGCAAACAUGUAGUGGUCUGGCUUUGGGUCGGGAAAGGAAGUCGCUCCUUGAUCUUACUCAUCUAUUUUGCGAACACAUGAUGACACCUAUUCGUCUUGCGCUCUUCUACGCAGUCGAAGGCGUUUAAAAAACUUUGUUAGCUAUGCUUGUUUGGUGCCCUACUACUUUUAUUCGGUGUCUCUCCAAAGCUUUCGAGUGUCUCUCUGACCCAGCACAACGGAGCAUCACAAGCUUCGAGACCCAAACCAGCGCUCAUUUGCCAUUGAUAGGGCUCUCGGUCGAACAGCUGGCGGCGGUCAUAACGGGGAACGAUGCGGGAGCCCCGACAACGAACGCUAGAAGCAAUGACGCGUGGCAGAUCGCCUACACGCCCGAAUCAAACGACCAAUCGCGGGCCAAGCACGACCGCACGCUGCCUCAGGCCGGUGUUUUGUUACUCAGGCAGCGGAACUCGCGCGAGCAGGAGUGGAUCGUGGAUUUUUUUUCUCGUCUCUUCCUGGCCGAGGGAGACCUCUGCAGUGUAGGAAUGGAAGACAAGAAACGCAGCACUUCUACUUCUGCGGCGCCGACGAGAGCUAGUUUAACACCAACAGCUCCAGAGGACCACCACGACGUGGACGUGGAAGAUAAACGAGAAGGCGCACUAAAAACAGGAAUCAUGAAGAUCGCGCGUGAGGUCGUAGUUUUGCCUAGCGGUGUUGAAGCCGCACAAAUGGAAAUAACGGGCAAAGAAUUAUCUGCAUCAAGAUCAACCUCAAUAUCAGCACCGUCAACAUCUACUUCACCAUCUUCUUCUCUGCAGCACAGCAACGACCCCUUCGGUAGUCGCGUGCACGACCAGGCUUGUUUGCACCAUGCGAUUACUUCCAAAUUCCUCAACAGCAACGAGAAGGCGGUGAUGAUCAAUCCGAGUAACUGGUUCCAGCACACCAGCGCGCGCACGGGAAUGAUCACAACGCUGGAGGACGAGAACAGCGUCUGCCUCUAUCGGUCCCCGUUCGUCCUCCAUUUGAGCGGGAGGCAAGGCGCGUACCGCGAGCGCGUGUUUGAAACCUACGCGAAGUUUCCCGGGGAGAUACUUGGAGCGUUCGCUGCUGAGCAUUGUAGCAACAAUGGACGAGGAUUUUUUCGUCGCGACAGCGGCAAACGCGAGGAAAUAAAGCCGCCAGAGGUGGUCGUGGAGGAGGAGGUCGUAAUAUUGCACAGCACUUCCUCUCCUGAGAAAUUAUCCAAUGUUCUUGACUUCAAAAGCACGAGCAUGAUGCCAGCAGCCGGAUCUUCGCGCCUUUAUUCCGCGGCAGAGACUUUGAUCGAUGACGUACUCAUCCCCGCGCACGGUUUCACCUUUCUCCCCGGAAGAUCACGAACCAGCGGAGCAACCGCGGCCGCGCUGCACAUAAGUGCCGCAUUGGACGAGAAGACACUGGCUCCUCCGGUUCGGCAUAAAAGAUAUGCCACUAAAAAGCCGCCGGAAGAGCAAGAGAUAAAGCAGUACGGAACAAAAAUAAAUGAAAAGACCAGCUCUAGUACUGUCGCCGAUCGCAUUUUGCUUAGCCAGCAGCUGCUGAGCGCGAAGGAAAUAGAAAAACCUCCCGCGAGAAUUAUGCACCUCGCGACGGACCGGCUGACGUCGCGGCUGCCACUGCACGCCUUGCCUUGGUACGAUGCCCCUUUGGCGAUCAUUGUGCCCCAGACCUACUUCCAUGCCGGCAAUAAUCUCACUUCAGAGCAGAAGCUCCUUCCGCUGCAUUUGGUCCAGACGGUGCAAAUGCUGGACGCGGCGGCGAGUCUGCGAUUAUUCUUCUUGCGCAACACGGCAGUGCUGGUACAACAAGAAACGGCUUCUGAUACGACACAACUUCCAAGUACCAUCUCAGAUGAGAAUACUAGCGACGACCCUGACGGGAUCAAGAACAUUACUGGCCGGGGGUACGACUGGCCGUUUUCUCGCCCGGUGGUGCGGUAUGUGGACGAUCACAAAGCGUUGCAGCUGGUCGAGUUCAACGACUUGAGCUGUGAUCCUCUGCACCGAGGUUUGUUCGGCCGUGCGGAGAUCUCCGACGAGUAUGAAAGUGCAGGAAAAUAAAACUUGAGUCCUCAUCUCCCCGUUAAAGAACCUCAUUUGAAGUAGUAGUGCUAGUGCCACAAAACAGCAACGGAAAAUAAAAUAGGGGAGCUGCAUGCACGACCCCUUGCUUUUUGGAUAACAUUCGCAAGAACCAACAUGAUACCACGCUCAAACAGAUCCAAGUAAGUAGCAGAGGAACAACAAUUGCUAUGUGUGCAUGACAAUGACAAAUAAUGAGGGCGGAGUUGUGGAGUUGAAGUUGUGCACUCCUCGUCGCAUAUCGACCUGCAAUCCUUCAUGCGGGGACCGAUGAUGCGUGCGGGGUUUCGGGUCGGCCUGGACACCCUGCCGCACUUCUUUUUCGAGCACACAGAAAAUGGAAAUAACCACAGUCAAGAACUACAUCAAAAAGAAAAACACUUUUCUCCCGAUAGUCACGACAUGGGCCCGAAGAGUAAAAAUCCUGCCGCGAGCUCAACAUCACCUACGUGGAACAAGAUGUUUUAUCACCACAACCGGACUUCCAAACUGCGGCACAAGCACGUGGCGGAGCACCACCGGCACCACGUCAUGAUAUCCCUAGUAAAUGCGCCGCCCAAGGAGAGGAUCCAACAGGAAAAGCUGUUUGAGUUUCCGUUUCCCUUUGAAUUGGGGUUUAACAGCAACCAGGCGCUGUCCAACGGACUGCUGUCGACGGCCGGUAUGCGAACCUUUUUGGUGUUUCUGCCUGCGCGGAAGGUGGGAAGAAGGAAAUUUUUGGGAGGAGAAGUACUAUGGGGCAGCUCAUCGGGGGGACGAACAACUUCUACAGCGACCAGCAGGAAGGAAAACGAAAAUGAAGAUUUUCAGGAACAAUAUACAGUGGAUGCCGCCAUCGUAGAUUCAGCUCUACUGCACAUCCUAUGCAAAAAAAAACGUGUUUUCUGUACAGUUACACACUAGGCGGCGACGAGGCGUGUUGCAGCAGGCCGCGCAAGACUCAUGCCGGGUCUGCUAAGAAGCCUCGUUUCUUUAUUCGUGUUUUCCUUUAUAAUCUUGGCAUUGCACUGGCACUCUUGAUCAUGCCGAACCAAACGGGGUAGUUGUGCAUGUGUCACAGCUGCAAAUGUGAUGUGACUGUAGCGCUUUACUUUUCUGUUGGGAUACCUCAAAGAGCUGGCUCAGUAUGGAUAUCGCGCCGCCGAUACUGGGCGGAAAAAUCCCACCUUUCCAUAUUGAAAACGCAUCCGUCUGAGAAUUUGUGAUGCAGAUUUGUGACUACAAAUCCUGUGUGUCUUGCAAGAAGGCAAGCCCAGAGAGUCCGCCCCAUUAUGCAGGCGGUUUGUGAUGCUGCUCGGCUUACAGCAUAGACAUUUACCAUCCUAGGCACCUAAGUCAAUUCCUCCCAACUCAGGCGUGGCAUAUGCCUGCAGUCCUCUACUGCAAGACAAAUCCGAUCUGUGUACGGAAAUCCAGCAUCAGAAACUUCGUUUGGAUAUGGGGAGGGGGCAUUUUUCCUUCUGAUACGCGAGGUCGAUGGCGCGCGCUUCGCAAGCGACGCGUUGCCGGAGCCACUGGGCUAUCCUGUGCAAAAGUAUCGUACUCGUAGUAAUCGCAAUCAUGCAUUACAAAUCUCCUUCCUAACCUAAAUCCGCAUUACAAAUUCCAUUUUUCAUGCUGAGGGAAUUUGUCAUGCGAUUUAUACUAGUACGAUGCUUUUGCAUUUCAUAUGGGCCGGCUUUUUGUGGUGGUGCAGCUCGAGAACGAGAAGGAGGUGAGCGAAGGCACCAGCACUGACGGACCGGGAACGUCGAGAGAAACAGGAGGCGGCACUGUGGAACGGGAAGCUGCUGUGCCUGAAGUGUGGAGCAUUUUUGAUGUUGAAGAGGCGACCACUUCCGGUAGUACGGAGGAAACACAAGUCCAUACAGAGAAGAACGAUCGGCUCCUUCCAGUUCCCCUCUCGGAGCAUAUCAGAGCUGCCAUGUUCGAUUGUGAGGCCGGAGAAAAGGCGGCGCAACGGCUUGGAUCCUCACCAGUGAAGACGGGAGCGGGUGUAGUACACAGAAAUACGCUCGUGUACCAGUGCUUUAUGUUUCCGGAGUCACUCAUUCCGGAUUACGUACAGCCGACCCGAGAUAGGUUUCUCUCGGAGGCGUGAGGGAUUUUUGCAGGAAGCGGCUCCGCUUCUGCGUGGAAAACGGGUGGUGGCGGGAUGAUCUAUCUUCGUGCCGAGUUGUUCUACUUGUGUUUAGACAGAAAAGCAACACAUACUUGUUUUACUGUGUGUGCCUUGUCUAUUCAGCAGCAUGAUAUGGUACGGUGUCUUUAUCGCGUGGAUUUUUUUUUUCGAAUAGAUACUCAUGGCCUGCGCAUGAAAAACGAGUUCGGCAGAAGGAUCAGAGUUACGCACUUCGGCGGAGUGUGGACCUUUUUUUAGGAUCUUGCUUCUGAUUUUUGCCUCAUGCCGUUUGAAACGGCUUUAUCGUGAC